ACUUCACUGUGGUAUUCCCAUCCCACAACCCUCCGCGGGCUGGCUGGAAUGAAUUGUGGAGGCGUUGAACAGUUUGUGUGGAGUGGGGUGAUGACAUGGGCUGGGUGCUGGAUAAGUCCACUGAAUGGAAAAGCAACUUCGACRUCAACUGGCUUGGAGAAGAAAAACAGUGAUUUAACUGGGCGAAAGUAGUUUACUUAAGCAAAACUGGCUAGAAUUWGUUGAUACAAGCAAUCGUUCUGUUUUGGCUUUUGUCUAGAUUGUCAGAAAAUUAGCAACAGGUAUGCGUAAGUUAACUAACGUUAGCUAGCCAGCUAACGUUAAUAAUCAAGUCUGUAGUUAAUUAGCCUUGCUAGCUAGCUAUCUAACGUUAGCUAAAAUGUACACACUGCAGAUUGGAAGGGACGCUCGUAGUUUUUGGGGAACUUUCCACGAGUUUAUUACAUUGCAUUGAUGUCUCCUUUUUGAGUUAUGCUUUCAAGAAAGAAAAGUAAAAGCGAGGCGUCGAAACCAGCGGAGGUACACGGGAAAUAUGUCAAGAAGGAGACCUCACCAGUCCUGAGAAAUCUCAUGCCCUCAUUCAUCCGACAUGGACCCACUAUUCCCAGACGCACAGAGGUCCCUCUGCCGGAGCCAGGAUCCUCAGCUUACCCAGUGGGUCCCAGCCCUGAGCCUGUGGUGGCCCGCAACAAGAGCUUCCUGCGUGCCCCUGUGCAGAGACCACCCCACGAGGUGGCUCGGAGGGAAAGCCAUAGGAUGUCAGCCCCUCCGUACUUACCACGUAGCCUGGGAGAUAUAACRCACGAGUACGGAGGCUCCUCACAGUCCUUCCUCACGGACGUGAGCCCCGUGGCUGAGAACGGGGACGCUGGACGCUACUACUACCCUCCGCCUCCGGAGCCUUACUACGACAGCCAGCAGCAGCAGCAGAGACGGCCUCAGCCCAGGCCACAGCAGCCCAGAGCACCUGAACGCUUCCAUGAGGACUAUAGAUACUAUGAACACAACGAACAUCCAAACUUCCAAAGACUACCACCGCAACAACACACCUCCCCGACCCCCAACAGACCGCCAACAGCUGUGCUCCUAGCGUGCCUCGUUAUGACCAGCCCCCUCCCCUGCCCCCUCCGGUAGUGUACCAGCCUCGCCCCUCAGAGAGGAACCAUCCAGUGAUGGUCCCAGCCAACCCGUACCACACGGCAGAGAUCCCUGACUGGCUGCAGGUGUAUGCCCGCGCCCCGCUCAAGUGAGUAACGUCCACCUGGCUUUCCUCCAUAUAUCUGUGGGGAUUUACCCCCGUACUUGUUUCCAUGGCUGAGGCAGUGGGGAAAGCCUGGGGCUCGAUACUCUACUCUUUCUCAUAACUUAACAACAUGCUGGAAAAGGUUAUUGUGUUUAUUUAUGUAGUGAUGGCUAUAUUAGAGGUUCUUGUCACCUUUUACUGUUGCUGUGUUACUGUAAAGGGAUUUUACCGUUGCUGCGUUACUGUAAAGGGAUUUUACCGUUGCUGCGUUACUGUAAAGGGAUUUUACUGUUGCUGCGUUACUGUAAAGCGUCUUUGGGUUUUAAACGAGCAUUAUUCAAGUCCUAUGUAUUAUGAUUACACUUCCCUGUGAUGUGGACAGUCAGGAGCCAGACAGGAUGUUCAGGUAUAAGGAUGUGGACAGUGAGGAGGCAGACAGGAUGUUCAGGUAUAAGGAUGUGGACAGUGAGGAGGCAGACAGGAUGUAGACAGUGAGGAGCCAGACAGGAUGUGGACAGU